GCCGCCGCCGCCGCCCUCUUCGGCCCUCCGAGUUUCCCGGGCUACCUCAGCUUGCCUCGAGCUUGCAGCCCGCGGCGUGUGAGCGGCCGCCGGGGGACCGGGCCAGGCGUGGCGGGCUGGGCGGACUACCCCAGCGGUGGGACCGUCGGGACUCCUCGGCCCCAAUGCCUGGGCGAGCAGAGCAGAGUGGGUGGCCGUGGUCGGAGCUGUGUCGGGGUCCCCCGGGGGCGAGCGCGGCAGUGUUACUUGGGCACGCUGCAAGGAGCAUCUGUGAGUUUGGCAUGAUUUGGUCCCAUGGGAUUCUGCCUUAGCAAGAAGGAAGCUGGAAGAACUCCUGGAAGAGAACUUGAACAAUAAGAAAGCCACAGCGUAUUCUUUUCAUGGUUGCCAGCUACCUUACAGAUAUGGACCCAUUUCCCGGUGUAUUUCCACCUGGUGGAGACAGUAGGCUGAACCCUGAACCUGAGUUCCAGAACAUGCUAAUUGACGAAAGGCUACGAUGUGAGCAUCAUAAACACAAUUACCAGGCUCUGAAAAUUGAACACAAAAGGUUGCAGGAAGAAUAUGUAAAAUCACAAAAUGAACUUAAGCGUGUGUUACAUGAAAAGCAAACUAACCAGGAGAAAUUCCAACUGCUCCUUGAAGAGUUGAGGGGGGAACUAGUAGACAAAACUAAAGACUUGGAAAAACUCAAACUACAGGUUUUAACACCACAGAAAUUGGAAUUGGUAAAAGCACAAAUACAACAAGAAUUAGAAGCUCCAAUGCGAGAACGUUUUCGGACUCUUGACGAAGAAGUGGAAAGGUAUAGAGCUGAAUAUAAUAAGCUUCGCUAUGAACAUACGUUUCUCAAGUCAGAGUUUGAACACCAGAAAGAAGAGUUCACUCGUAUUUCAGAAGAAGAAAAAAUGAAAUAUGAAUCAGAGGUUGCACGGCUGGAGAGAGAUAAGGAGGAACUGCACAACCAGCUGCUUACUGUAGAUCCCACAAGAGACAGCAAGCGAGUGGAGCAGCUUGCGCGCGAGAAAGCCCAUUUGCUUCAGAAACUGAAAGGGUUGGAGGCUGAAGUGGCAGAGUUAAGGGCUGAGAAAGAGAAUUCUGGUGCUCAGGUAGAAAAUGUCCAAAGAAUACAGGUGAGGCAGUUGGCUGAGAUGCAGGCUACACUCAGAUCCUUGGAGGCUGAAAAGCAGUCAGCUAAGCUACAAGCUGAACGCUUAGAGAGAGAGCUGCAAUCAAGCAAUGAACAAAACACGUCUUUAAUCAGCAAAUUGCAUAAAGCUGACCGAGAAAUAAGUGCUCUGAGCAGUGAAGUGAAAGAGCUUAAACAUUCAAACAAACUAGAAAUAACUGACAUCAAACUGGAGGCAGCAAGAGCUAAGAGUGAGCUAGAAAGAGAAAGGAAUAAGAUCCAAAGUGAACUGGAUGGGUUGCAGUCAGACAAUGAGAUCCUCAAGUCAGCUGUUGAGCAUCACAAAGUGCUCUUGGUGGAAAAAGAUCGUGAGUUAAUACGUAAAGUGCAAGCUGCCAAGGAGGAAGGUUACCAGAAGCUCAUGGCAUUACAAGAUGAAAAGCUAGAACUUGAGAACAGAUUAUCAGACUUAGAGAAAAUGAAAGUGGAGCACGAUGUCUGGAGGCAGUCUGAAAAGGAUCAGUGCGAAGAGAAGCUGCGGGCCUCGCAGAUGGCGGAAGAGGCAGCCCGGAGGGAGCUUCAGAGUAUUAGGUUAAAACUUCAACAACAAAUUGUGAAUACUGAAAAAGCAGAGAAAGAAAAACUUGAAAAUGCUGAAUUGAAACAGCAAAUCAGUCAUUUGCAGAUCCAAGUGACCUCACUGUCACAGUCAGAGAAUGACUUGCUGAAUUCAAACCAAAUGCUGAAGGACAUGGUGGAGAGAUUGAAACAAGAAUGUCGAAAUUCAAGAAGCCAAGCUGAAAAAGUGCAACUGGAAGUUGAAAAGACGCUGGAGGAAAGGCAGAGCCAGUGGUUGGAAGAGAAGCAUAAGCUUCAUGAGCGCAUCACGGACAGAGAAGAGAAGUACAACCAAGCCAAAGAGAAACUGCAGCGAGCCGCCACUGCUCAGAAGAAGAGAAAAUCUCUUCAUGAAAACAAAUUGAAGAGACUACAAGAGAAAGUGGAAGUCUUGGAAGCAAAGAAAGAAGAAUUAGAAACAGAAAACCAGGUGUUAAAUAGACAAAAUGUUCCAUUUGAAGAAUAUACAAGGCUUCAAAAACGACUGAAGGACAUACAGAGAAGGCAUAAUGAAUUUCGAAGUCUAAUUUUGGUUCCUAACAUGCCUCCGACAGCAUCACUCAAUCCUGCUAACUUUCAGUCAUUGGCUAGUGUUCCUGGAAUGGACCUCUCCUUUCCCCCUCAUAUGCAGGAAGAACAGCAUCAAAGAGAACUCUCUCUGCUUCGCAAAAGACUGGAAGAACUAGAAACUACGCAAAGAAAACAGCUAGAGGAACUUGGAUCUCCUGGGGAAUGAUGCUGGAAGAGAGGCAGAGCCAGAAACUCAAUAAAAACAUGAAGUGAGCAUGUGCCCCUGGGGUGCUUUAUUAUUCUUUGCCAAAAUCGUGAGCUGCCUCAAGAAAGGUACUAGCUAUGUGCUGCACUGCAUGGGGUCCAGGGCUUUAGGGUUAUACUAACAGAGAUGAAGUAUUUGGAGUCUCAGAGAUACUUAGAGUAAAAUAAAAGGAACUAGUCAAUUAAGGAAUCAAAUUUUCAAAUUUUUUAUUUUGUUGAUAUCUUCUGGCAUUUUGCGUGAAAUAGAUCCAUCCUGAAUUCCCUUUCCCUCGUCUUUGAGAUGUCUGCUUGGCGAUAACAAGAUCAGCAAACAUCUCCUUUAUUAUAUACAAAAGUUAUAAGCCAAAAGUUUUGGCAAAGAUGCCCAUUUAAAAGUAUGAAGAGACUUAAAAAUGUCUAAACAUAUGUUCUUUAUAGAAAUCUUAACCUUUUCUAAAAGCUGUGCACUUAAUUUAUUAAGUAACUUAAUAAAUAUUUUUAUAUCUGUGCUGUUGGU